GAGUAAUUUGAUACACAGAACUUUUAGAUCCACGCCCCUCAGAACUCAGCCAAUUCUCAUUAAGCCAAAAUUCAGGAAAAGGAAACUUCUGAGAAACCGAAACUGCUGGAGAGAGGGUGGACCCACAGCACUUCACCCUCUACCCUUCACUGCUGGCUGUGCUCGGGACCAUGAACCACACUUCCCAAGCCUUCCUGACUUCUCCCAGUGGGGGACACCCCCCAAACUACGAAAGAAUCAAGGAAGAAUAUGAGGUGGCUGAGAUGGGGGGACCCCAUGGCUCCACUUCUGUCAGAACCACCGUGAUCAACAUGCCCAGGGAAGUUGCUGUGCCGGACCAUGUGGUCUGGUCCCUGUUCAAUACGCUCUUCUUGAAUUUCUGCUGCUUGGGGUUCAUUGCCUAUGCCUACUCUGUGAAGUCCAGGGACAGGAAGAUGGUGGGCGAUGUGACUGGAGCCCAGGCCUACGCCUCCACUGCCAAGUGCCUCAACAUCAGCGCACUGGUCCUCAGCAUCUUCACGGUUGUCAUUACCAUCAUUGUGGUCGUCUCCAUUGCUGUGUCCGCUGGUCGUCUUUACACUUAAUAGAGGAUUCUGGCUUUUGGACCUGAUGCGUGCUCCACCAUCCACGGCUGCCUUCCUCCUUGCUCCUUUUCCCUUGCCUGUAUAUACAGAUGUAACCUCACAGCUCUGUCCAUAGCAGAUUCAAUAAAGUACACACGGUAGCUAC